AUGAGGAGCUGCUUGCUGCUCGCGCUCGCAGCCCCCGCUGCGGGCUUCAGCGCACUCGCUGCGCUCGCGUCGAGGCCGCUCGCCAUUGGUGCUGCUGCAACGGCGCUGGUCGCUACGAUCUUCGCGUGGGUGCUGCGGGUGUUCAAUACGCCCUCGCGCUCCUACCGCGACGGCGAGCGCGAGGCGGGCGGAAUAAACUCCGUCGGAGAGGAGUACGAUGCGUGGACGUCGGAGGGCAUCCUCGAGUACUACUGGGGCGAGCACAUCCACCUGGGCUACUACGAGGAGGGGCAGCGUAAGGCGCCCCUGUACGGCGGCAAGGACUUUGUCGAGGCGAAGGUGCUCGACGUCGGCUGCGGGAUCGGCGGCACUAGCCGCUACAUCGCCAAGAAGUUCCCCUCGGCCGACGUGACUGGCAUCACCAUCUCGCCAGAGCAGCGAAAUGAUGCAUGUUUCAUCUUGAUUUGUGUUUUGUGA